GAGACCGUUUAGCAAAAACACACACACACAACACCAUCUGGAAUACGGUAUGAUGCUGCAUUGGAUGUAGGCCGUUCCGGUUCUCACCUGCUUGGAGAACCAUGUGCAUGCUGGUCGCGUUCUUGGCUCACUCCAUCCAAAUGUCCCAACCACCAACUCGUGCACACUCACAAGAAACCCCUCGUUAUAUGCCUGCUCCCUCGAUCAUCUCCCCUCCUGGGUCUGCUUGCAAAUCCCAAUCCAUCGGUGUGCUCCGCUCCGCUGCUCAUCUGCCUCGCUCUGACAAUGGGUGUGUUUGAGCUUGGCGUCAAGCAGCAAGGGGAGCCGGCGCUGGUGCCGCCGGCGGAGGAGACGCCCAAGGGCCCCUACUUCCUCUCCAACCUGGAUCAGAACAUCGCCGUCAUCGUGCAGACCGUGUACUGCUUCAGGGGGGCCGGCGACGGCGACGGCAGCAGCGCCAGCGUCGUGCUGAGGGAGUCCUUGGCGAAGGUGCUCGUCCACUACUACCCGCUCGCCGGCCGGAUGACGAUCAGCGGCGAGGGGAAGCUGGCCGUCGACUGCACGGGCGAAGGCGCUGUCUUCGUGGAGGCCGAGGCGGACUGCGCCAUGGCGGACAUCGGCGACGUCACCGAGCCCGAUCCGUCGGUGCUCGGCAAGCUCGUGUACAGCGUCCCCGGCGCCAAGAACAUACUCGAGAUGCCGCUGCUUGCGGCCCAGGUGACCAAGUUCAAGUGUGGCGGCUUCGUGCUCGGGUUGGCCAUCAACCACUGCAUGUUCGACGGCGUCGGCGCCAUGGAGUUCGUCAACUCGUGGGGCGAGACGGCACGCGGCCUCCCGCUCUCGCUCCCGCCGGCCCUCGACCGCGCCGUCCUCCGCGCGCGCGACCCGCCGCAGCUCGAGUUCCCACACCACGAGUUCGCGCAGAUCACCGACGACGACGGCGCCGACGAGGUCGCCCCGCCGCCGCACGACGGCGCGCCGCUCCUGUACCGGUCGUUCCGGUUCACGGCGGCGUCCAUCUCGCGGCUCAAGGCGCUGGCGCCGCUGGAGGGCCGGCCGUGCACCACGUUCGAGGCGCUGGCCGGGUUCGUGUGGAGCGCGCGCACGCGGGCGCUGGGGAUGGCGCCCUCGCGGCGGAGCAAGCUCCUGUUCGCCGUGGACGGGCGGCCGCGGUUCGCGCCGCCGCUGCCCGCGGGGUACUUCGGCAACGCCAUCGUGCUCACCAGCGCGGCGUGCGCGGCGGGGGAGCUGGCGGCGGCGUCGCUGCCGCGCGCCGUGCGGCUGGUGCGCGGCGCCGUGGAGGCGGUGACGGACGCGUACAUGCGGUCGGCCGUGGACUACUUCGAGGCGACGCGCGCGCGGCCGUCGCUAGCGUCGACGCUGCUCAUCACGGCGUGGUCGCGGCUGCCGUUCCGCGCGGCCGACUUCGGGUGGGGCCCGCCCGCGGCGUACGGGCCCGCGGCGCUCCCCGAGAAGGAGGUGGCUCUGUUCCUGUCGUGCGGGGAUGGGGAGGAGCGGGGCGGCGGCGUCCGCGUUCUGCUGGGGCUGCCGCCCGCGGCCAUGGCCGAGUUCCAGCGGCUCGUGGAGGAGGUGACCGCGGCAUGAAUUACAAGAUCGAGACAAAUCCCAGAAUCCGCAUGGGAUGGUUAAAGCCAUACGUACGUGUUGGUGGCGUGUUACGUUACAGUGAUCCACGGAACGGGAAAGUAUCUCCACAUAUACUUGUGCCCACACGAUUUAUCUCCACCAUUCGUUCAUCUCACGUGAUAUCCAUCCAACCGUCGAAUUUGUCACCUUCCCAUGUUUUUCUCACCUACCCAUGAUUUGUCUCACCACUGAUUCCAAGAUGAAUGGUCCGGAUAGCAUGUGGUCACAAGUAUAUAUGUGAAAAAUCCAUUGUUCUCCGAUGAA